GCGAGGAUGCUAGAUCAGCGGAGAUCUACAAGAAAACAGUCGCAGGUAUUGGAGAAGUCUACCCUGGUGCGAAGCUCAGGGCGGUCGACUUCAAGGACCUACCGGUGCGACCGAGAGCGAGAGCAUGGUUGCCUUGCAAACCAGCGGAGCCAGAAAGGAUCCUCCAAACCAUAAGGCUCUAUAACCCGGAGCUACCUACCGAUAAUUGGAAGGUGGUCAAAAUCAACGAAAGCGGUAAAGCGACGAUGCAGGUUGUCCUGCUUCUAAAUAAGGACUCCAUAGAGUUGUUGGAGCAAAAGAGCGGGGUCAUACGUUACGGCUGUGAUAUGGCCAAAAUUAAGGUCUACAGCUAUGACGUAAACGCAGCGAAGAACCUGAUCGCGGAGGUAGAGCCGGAAGAGGCCAACAGCGACGUGGAGAUGGAGGAAGAAUCCGAGCAGGUUGAUCCGAUGGACGACCUGACCGGGGGUUAUGCCUCAUCGACUUCUUCGCUGGGGGUCGGACGCAUGCUUCGGCUUUAUACGGAGGAGGAGUUGAUCGAGAUGUCGGAAGACGCGGUCAACUCCACCCUAAUAGGCGACGUGGGCGAUAACGGCCAAGAUGGUGAAGGUACUGCAGAUUAACCUUCACCACUGUAAAGCAGCUUCAGCUGCACUGCUGCUCCGUCUAACAGCUAAAGGGGCAGCCGACAUCGUCCUAAUCCAAGAACCUUGGGUGGUGGGACAAAACAUUUGUGGGCUGAAAGCGCCGGGCUACAGACUGCGACGAGGACACAACAGCGGUCAGUCUAAGUGCAAACGGACGACCAAUUAAGAUGGCAUCCAUGUACCUAGCGCAUGACAAGGAGGUGCCAACUACCUGCAUUAAAGACCUAGUGGCCAGCACGAGAGAGGCGCUAAUUUUGGGAGGUGACGCAAAUGCCCACCAUCACACCUGGGGCAGCUCCGAUGAUAACGAACAGGGUGAGUCACUUUUUAAUUUCAUACUUAGUUCUAAGCUUGUUAUUGCGAAUAGGGGGAAUGAUCCCACUUUUAUUACAAAAUCCCGAAGGGAAGUUCUGGACGUUACCCUUAUCUCUGAGAAUGCGGAAUGUCUGGUCGGGAAGUGG